AUGGUCAGCGCCGACAACCAGUUCGCGAGCGUCUCUCAGUCCACCGCCGCUCCCGCCGCUCCUGCCGCCACCGCCCUCCUUCCCGCCAUCGUCGGCGCCGGUGCUCUUGGCGCCGCAACCUACGUCGCCGUGAAGAAGCUCACCGCAUCUCCCGCCGCCGCUCCCGCCGCACCCGCCGCACCCGCCGCCGCCGCCUCCGCCCCCGCCUCAACACCCGCGCCGCCCAGCGGUAUCGUCCCGCGCGCGAAGCACGCGGCGGCGUCCGCUCUGGCGACGAUGGCGACGACGUUCCCGUCGGCGAUGCAGGAGGAGGCCUUCCUGAAGGCCGUGGCAGUGGAGCUGGCGAAGCUGGGGUUCCGCAAGGACAACGGCAUCGCGCUGGUGAACACGUGCCGCGACGAGGUGUGCCGGCCCGUGGUCGGCUUCGGAGCUGCCAUGAGCCACUCGCCCGAGUUCCCCUGCGACGUCGACGGCAACCUCAAGGAGAGAUACAUCUUCUUUGCGUUCCCGCACGUGUCCAUCGGUGAGUCCGGCGAGGUGGGGUCUCUGCUGCGUCGCGGUCGCGGCAAGCCGUCGAGCGCGUGCGGCGCGUUGAUCGCCAUCAACAACGACAUCAACAACGGCGUGGCGCCCAGCAUGGACAGUGACGACCCCGAGUACACGCUGCUGCGCAAGAAGAUCAUGGCCAAGGUGUCGCCGGGCGGCAACCAGUCGCUGGUGGACGUGACGCGCGCGGCGCUGGCGGCGAUCAACGAGGACUUGGAGAAGCUCAUCUCGCUCACGGUGAACCCCGCCACGGCGGACUACGCCGUCAUCACGGGCGUGCAGAUCCACUCAGGCGAUCAGAUUCCCGGCCAGCCCUUCCGCAUCGAGCGCACCUGCGACUACAUCGCGCCCGACAAGAUGUACGCCGUGGUGCGCGGCCAGAAGUACGAGUUCACGGUGGAAACGCCCAAGUCGCAAGGCGUCGCCGCCAUGGUUUGA